AUGACCUGUCGGAUCUGGGAAGGCUCCGGGGCCUUCCACAGCACACGCUGCUGCGUGGCCCUUCUCGCGCUGGUCGUCCGGGCUCCUGGUGGCCAGAGCCAGAGCAGGGGGCCUGGUCCAAACUCGGAGAUCUUUGUGGGCUUUGCUGCGAGGUCUGCAGCUGCUGCUUCAGCUGGUCGCCUCCCAGCGCGUGGAGCUUCCCCUGCGUCGUCGCUGGGAGAAACAGCCUCCGCGUGCUCAGGUUUUUGUGCCGCCCUGCAGGGCUCCGGGCCGCUGCUGCAGGGCUCCGGGCGGCUGCUGCAGGGCUCCGGGCGGCUGCAGGGCUCCGGGCGGCUGCUGCAGGGCUCCGGGCGGCUGCAGGGCUCCGGGCGGCUGCAGGGCUCCGGGCGGCUGCGGGGCUCCGGGCGGCUGCGGGGCUGCGACUGCUCGGGCUUCUCUCCGCCUGCCCCUCUGCCGUGCUCCCUGCGGCCACCAGUGCUGGCGACACUGGCUUUUGUUCUCUUAGUCUCUGAUAUCUUUAAGUGGCAAGUCAGCGAGAGCCGCGCUCAGGAGCAGCCUGGGGCCUGGCGUCUGGGCCUCAGGCAGCCCUGCUCCCUUGUGGCCCUCGUGCCUCACCUGGGGUCCGCAGCCAGUGACUCAUGUGGCCCUGCCCCUGGCACUGUGCCCCUGGCACUGUCCCAGUGUCAGGCCGUGGUGGGGGCUGUGCCAGUGCCACCUCCAGUCUCCUGGAAAGCCCCGGGAGCGCUGAGCCGCCCCUGCCCCCCGCAGCCCUGCUUUCUCAAGGACUGGGAGAUGCACGUCCACUUCAGAGUCCACGGCUCGGGGAAGAAGAACCUCCACGGAGACGGCAUCGCCCUGUGGUACACCCGGGACCGCCUCGCGCCAGGGCCUGUGUUUGGAAGCAAAGACAACUUCCAUGGCUUGGCCAUCUUCCUGGACACGUACCCCAACGACGAGACCACUGAGCGCGUGUUCCCGUACAUCUCGGUGAUGGUGAACAAUGGCUCCCUGUCCUACGACCAUAGCAAGGAUGGGCGCUGGACCGAGCUGGCAGGCUGCACGGCCGACUUCCGCAACCGGGAUCACGACACCUUCCUGGCUGUGCGCUACUCCCGCGGCCGCCUGACGGUGAUGACGGACCUGGAGGACAAGAACGAGUGGAAGAACUGCAUUGACAUCACGGGCGUGCGUCUGCCCACCGGCUACUACUUUGGAGCCUCCGCGGGCACCGGCGACCUGUCUGACAAUCAUGACAUCAUCUCCAUGAAGCUGUUCCAGCUGAUGGUCGAGCACACGCCUGAUGAGGACAGCAUCGACUGGACCAAGAUCGAGCCCAGCGUCAGUUUCCUCAAGUCACCCAAAGACAACGUGGACGACCCCACGGGGAACUUCCGCAGCGGGCCGCUGACGGGCUGGCGCGUGUUCCUGCUGCUGCUGUGCGCGCUCCUGGGCAUCAUCGUGUGCGCGGUGGUGGGCGCCGUGGUCUUCCAGAAGCGGCAGGAGCGGAACAAGCGCUUCUACUGAGCGCUCGGAGGCGCCUGCCCGGGAAGGGCCUCACCUCGGCCCAGGGACUGAUGUGAACUUUUUUUUACUGGGAUUGUAAAAGAACAACAGACGACCUUAUUUCUUAACUGUUUCAAAGAAAUGAUUAAAGUAUUUUCGUACAUUUUGCUUCUUGCCCAGCAGGGACACGCAGGCGGCAGGGCCAGGGAGGAGGGUCUGGCGCCCGCAGCUGCGGCAGGGCUGUCCCAGGGCCGCCAUCUGGGGAUAGGGGCCGGCCCGGAGCUGGGCCGACGCCCCUGCAGGCGGCUGGCAGACACUGGAGGGGCCCGGCCGCGCGGGGUGGGCCCCCGAGAACACGGGCAGUGGGCUUUGUUCUGUGGCGUGUGGGGUGGCAGCGGACGGGCCCCACCUGGGCGACCUGAGCAUCCCGCUCGGCCUGAGCCGCUUCCCAGGGCGGACGCUCAGGCGAGGCCGGAGGGACGGUUUGGUGGGGCCCAGAGUGUGAGUGACCAUUUGCUAAUAAAGUGACUUAACCAAC